CCAAACGAACGCCCAAGCUACGAUCGAGCUGUACAAUCUGGUGCUCAGCAGCAAUGGGGUACCGAGCGGUGUUACUUCUACUGACCGUGGCCAGCUUUGCUGUGGCGCAAGUGGAAGAUUUAGAGUACCGUGUGACGGCCUUGGAGAGACUGGUGAGCUCUAUCACCGCAGACUUCCCACAAUAUUUCACUCAAGAUGGGACCACUGACUACUUGGAAGCAGCCGACAGUUGUUAUAAGUGUGACGACGAGGUGGCGAAGUUACACGAAAGAAUCUCCAACCAAACCCAGAUCAUAUCUAAGCUAGAGAAGGCACUGGAGGCUCUCAGACUUCGAAUUGAAGACCUGGUGAAUCGCGUCAAUGGAACAGAGAACUUCAUUGGGAAUGGAGUCUAA